CCUCCAUGAGCUGCUGCUGGAGCCCAGCCGGAGGAUGGAGGUGCAGGCCUUCUUCCCGCACCUGUUCCUGGUCCUGCUGUUCCGCAUCUCCUCCCUCCUGGGGGUGGGGGCCGCCCAGCCCCCUGUGAGCCAGGGGAUGGACCCUGUCAGCUGCUCCGUGGAGGCGCUUAAGACCUUGAUGAGGAGCGCAGGGUACAGCGACCACGUGUCCUACGUUCAGAAGCUGCAGGGCUGGGAGCUGCUCACCAGUCCGGAGAGACACCGCGAGGGGGUGGCCCUGCUGGGCAGGGCCAUGGUCGUCCGCAGCUGCUGGCACACCCGCCCGGUGUUCCGCCUCACCGUCCGCGUCCUCCAGGACCCGGACCUCGAGAACCACAUGACGGCUCUUGUGUUCUUCACCGAGGCGAGUGGCCGGGCUGGGGAGCGGGUACUCCAGGGGGCUGUGGCCUGA